AUGAGCUCACACGCAAGCACAAUCGAUGUAACAGAACUCACAAUCCCCACAUUCCACGCCGCACUACGCGAGGGGCAAACAAGCAUCACCGCCGUCGUCCGCGCAUAUCUAUCCCGCAUCACGCAGCACGACAAAACACUAAAAAGCCUCAUAACAAUCAACUCGAACGCCCUAAGCGAAGCCGCCGAGAAAGACGCCGAGACUGGCCGUCUCCUCCAGCAGAAUGCGGAGAAUACCACCCCGGCUGUGGCUGCUGCUGCUGCUUCCCUCCCUGCCCUCCACGGCGUCCCCAUCCUCCUAAAAGACAACUAUACAACCUACGGCCUCCCCACAAGCGGCGGCUCAAAAGCCCUAGCCACCUUAUCCAGCAGGGAUAGCAAUGUCGUACGAACUCUCCGGCAGAACGGCGCUAUCAUUAUAGGAAAGGCCAAUCUCCAUGAAUUCGCACUGCACGGAACAACAACAUCCUCGCUCGGCGGGCAAACACUCAACCCGUACGAUAGCACCCGUACACCGGGCGGAUCAUCUGGCGGGACGGGAGCUGCAUUGGCGUUGAAUCUGGGCAUGGUGGGCUGUGGCACUGAUACGGUCAACUCGUUACGUUCGCCUGCGUCUGCGUGCUCGAUUGUUGGGUUUCGGCCGUCACUGGGGAGGGUUGAUACGCAGGGGAUUGUGCCUGUUUCUGAGACGCAGGAUGUUGCGGGUCCGAUGGGGAGGUGUGUGGGUGAUGUGAAGGUUUUGUUUGAUGUUAUGAAGGGGGAUUCGAAAGGAAGUGUGACUGAGAGAAGGAAGAGUGGAAUUGAGAAGGGAGUGUUUCGAAUUGGUGUCUUGGAGGAAUACUUCCAUCUGGAGACGCCAUCAUCAUCAUCUAGCAGUGGCACGCUGGAUGCUGAACUCGUCGCUGAAAAUGCUAUCGUGCAAGAGGUUACUCGCAAUGCUUUGUCUCUGAUCAGCUCAGCGCAAGACCCAUCGAACAUCAACAUCACCCUCGUCUCUAUCCCAGCCAACAGCCACAAUGAUAAUGACUGGAGCGUAUCCCACCUCCUCGACAACGGAGACACCCAGGCCUUCGAAUUCAGAGAAUGUCUAAACAAAUUCCUUCAAUCAGAAGGAGUUUCCUCCCCGCACCCCUCCCUCGAAAGUAUCGCUUCAAGCGGAGAGUACGAUAGAAAGGCCGUGACGAAUGUAUUCACCCUCCCACUCAGCGACAAAGAAACAUAUUCGCGCACAAGCCCAGAAUACAAAUCCCGACUUGCCCUCAUUGAAUCAUUAAAGACUUCUGUCCGAAACCUCUUCACAAAACAUGACCUCGACGCCCUUGUAUACCCGCACCAGCGCCAUUUUCCCAUCAAAAUCGGACCGACGGUUCAGCCUGCCAGGAAUGGGAUUCUUGCUGCUCUCACGGGCAGACCUGCCAUUUGUAUUCCAGGUGGGUUCAGCCCGGUUACACCUGAUGCUCCCCGGGGUGUACCGAUUGGAUUGGAGCUGAUGGGGCGAGAGGGAGGAGACGAGGUGUUGUUGGAUCUGGCUGAGUUUAUCGAGGGUAUUCUCUCAGCGAGAAUAGUCCCGCAUUGA